CAAAAUUUGACACACCAAAACGUCGAAUUUCCAAAAAAAAAACCCACAACCCCCGAAGAAGCCGCCCACAAAAAUUAUAAAAAAAAAUGAAAAUUUUCGACUUCUACACCUCCCCCCCCUCCCCCCACUCCACCCCGCCCCUCCCGCUCCUCAACCAAAAAUUCAUCCAAGCAGUCAUCCAAAGCAACAUCCCCCAAAUGACCGAAUGCCUCGACCUGGGCGUCGACCCCAACCUCCUCAUCGAAGACGGCGACGCCGCCCUCCACGUCUCCAGCGACAAAUGCGACUACAAGAUGCUCGACCUGCUGCUCAACCGCCCCACCACCGACCUCAACCUGAAAAACGACCUGGAACUCACCCCGCUGGCGGUCGCCUCCAAGGGAAAUUGCAGGGAAAUCGCCCAUCUGCUGCUCAGGGCCGGCGCCGAUCCGGACGCCCAGGACAAGGACGGCUACACGGCCUUGCACUACGCCUGCUUCGCGGGCAACAUGGGCCUGGUGGUGGACCUGGUGGAGGCCGAGGCGGACGUCAAUUGCGCCAACGUCUUCGAUAUGACCCCGUUGGCGGUUGCCGUGCUCGAUGUUCCCUCCAUAUCCAUAGCUAAGUACUUGAUGUUGAAGGGGGCCAGCUCGGAGGCCGGCAGGAAGCAGUUCCCCUUGCUUUUGGAAUGCGCCUUCAUUUGCCACACCUACAAGCAACUGAACAUGUUCAAACUGCUCAUAUCGAACGGCAUGGACCACCAUCAAGUCCACCCCAUAGAAAACCGGAAUUGCCUCCAUUACGCCGCCAUCACGGGCUACCUGCCUUUGGCCGAAUACCUCAUCAAAUUGAACAACGUCGAACGGGAUCUAUUCGUCCGGGACGCCACUGGAAGAACUCCGAUGGAUUUAACGCUGGAUCACGGGAACUAUUUGAUAUUCCAUCUGUACAAAUUCGCUUAUUUGAAGCGCCAGAUUCGGGAUAGGGACCGAUCGAUACACCGGUACCAACCCCACGAGUAGCUAGAGGUAUUUUUUUGUUUAAAGGAAAUCGAUAAAAUACACCAAAUUUUUUAUUACCUACAAAGACACAGUUAAAUAUUCCGGCUCCGUAGUAGCACGAACAACGCUAGUACUAGCAUUUCCGCGGUGGUUUUUUUCGAAUAAAGACCGCAAAAUUUUCCUGUAGUGAUCACUCAACACAAUCACAUUGAUUUGGACGUUUCUGUUCGAAGCGAAAGUGGCGCGCAGCGCCCUGCAAAAUGGCGGACAAAACAGGUAAUACAAGAGGAAGUUUACGGUGGCGUUGAGGGCGCCCAGCAGGGUGCAAACCGCCCUCGUCGCCUCCAACAGCUCCGAAUCGGCGUCCAUGUAGCCCCCGAUGAAUAUCAACGUUACGGCCCUGGUCCUCGACAGCAAAUUCGCCGGUAUCUCGGUGAGGACGAAGAGCGUUAUCACGCAUACGAGGGUCGCAGUCAUGGCGG